AUGCUCGCCACCGACUCGAUAUUCCACCUCCCGCCGUGGGCGUGGAUGUCUCUCGCCGCCGUCCUCGUCUGUGCCUGGGCAGCCAGCUUCCGGUACCAGAAGGGCCUCAACAAGUACAAUGGGCCGUUUAUUGCUUCCUUCACCAACUUCUGGCGCCUAUGGCAGUGGGUGUGGUAUACCGACCGCUGUGCCUACCCCAGCGUGGUCAAGUAUGGGCGCAUCAUCAGGGUCGGCCCCAACACGCUGCUGUUUAACGACCCGGAUGCCAUCAAGGACAUCUACAUGACCCAUUUCUCAAAGUCGGACUUCUACAAGGUUGGCCAGGGCGUCUCGCGCGGUGUGGCCGUGCCAAACAUCUUCUCCACCACGGAUCGCAUCUACCAUGGCAAACUACGGCGAUCGGUGGCCAACGCCUUCGCCAUGAGCACGCUCGUCAACUACGAGCCCUACGUGACCGAAACUGUCACCACCUUCCUCGCCCAGCUGGACCAGAGGUUUGCCGGCAGACCGGGCCCGGACGGCGUUUGCGACAUGUCCGAGUGGACUCGGUUCUUCGCCCUGGACGUGGUCAGCGCCUUGACUAUGGGCAAAAGCUAUGGCCUGCUGGAGGCUGGCUAUGAUCACAUCGGAAUCAUCCACGCCCGGACGACCUUCUUGCGCUACUUUACCAUUGUCAACAACGUCACUUGGCUGGACCGCGUGCUCAAGAAGAACCCCAUCCUCAUGUGGCUGGGACGGCGGGGCCUCUGGAACAGCGUGACGGCGACGGUCCCCAUCGCGCAGCGGCAGAUGGACCAGAAGAAGCGUGACUUCAAGGGCGUCAGCGACAACCAGAAAACGCGCGUGGACCUCCUCACCAAGUUCCUGCAGGCCAAGGUCGACAACCCGGACAUCGUCGACGACCGCGCCGUGCUGGGACUCACGCUCUCCAUGGUCAACGCUGGCAGCGGCACCGUCGCCACCACCCUGGCCGCGACCUUCUACUUCCUGCUCAAGUACCCGCACGUCAUGAAGGAGCUCGUGGCCGAGAUCGACGCACACUUCCCGCCGCCGAGCGCCAGCAGCAGCACCGAGAAGACCGGCAACAGCCCGAUCGACUUCGCCGAGUACGUGGUGCCGUUCGGCGAGUCGCAGAAGCUGCCCUUCCUGGACGCCGUGCUCAAGGAGAUCUUCCGCAUUUGGCCCGGCCUGGGCAUGCAGCUGAUCGAGCGCUACAUCCCCGGCAACAUCAUCGUCAGCUGCAACGCGUGGAUCAUGCACCGCCACAAGCCCACCUACGGCGAGGACGUCGACGUCUUCCGCCCGCAGCGCUGGCUGGACGCGAGCCCGGACCAGCUGGCCGCCAUGAACAAGGCCCUGCUGGUCUGGGGCGCCGGGCCCAACACCUGCAUCGGCAAGAACAUUGCCCUGCUGGAGCUGUACAAGGUGGUACCGUCGGUCCUGAGGAUGUUCACGCUCCAACUCGCCGACCCAGAGAAGGAGUGGAAGGUCUUCAACCUGGGCGACCCCGAGCCGUCAGAGUUCUUUGUCCGAUGCCAGCCCAGAUACCGGAAGAUGUUGAUGUAA